GAAAAAAAGUUGAUCAGAAAGAUGCUCUCGAAGCCAGCUCCUCGGCUUUGACGACGUUAAGAAACAUCGCUUUUCACUCCUUCCUUCAGCGGACCCCGACGAAUCCGACGAAUCCAACGAAUUUUUCUCUACACUCACGCAGAACCGCUCUAACAUGCCGUCCAACAAAAAGGAGACCGACAAGCCGUGGGAUACGGAAGAUGUCGACAAAUGGAAAAUCGACCCUUUCACCCCGGCCGAUAGCACCGCUGGCACCCUUACCGAGGAAUCCAGUUUCUCCGUCCUCUUUCCUAAAUACCGCGAAGUCUACCUGAAGGAAGCAUGGCCAUUAAUUACCAAGUCACUAGAGAAGUGUGGCAUCAGCUGCGCUCUGGAUCUCAUUGAGGGUUCUAUGACUGUCAAAACAACCCGCAAAACCUACGACCCGGCCGCGAUUCUCAAUGCCCGAGACCUCGUCAAGCUGCUCGCCCGAAGCGUGCCUGCCCCGCAAGCGGUCAAGAUCCUCGAAGACGGCGUGGCAUGCGACAUUGUGAAGAUCCGCAGUCUGGUGCGCAACAAGGAGCGUUUCGUCAAGCGGCGACAGAGGAUAUUGGGACCCAACGGCUCGACCCUCAAGGCCCUCGAGCUGCUCACAGAGACCUACAUCCUAGUCCAUGGCAAUACCGUCUCGGUGAUGGGACCGUAUAAGGGACUGAAGGAGGCAAGACGGGUCAUCGUAGACUGCAUGACGGGCAUUCAUCCUAUCUACCAUCUCAAGACACUCAUGAUCAAGCGCGAGCUCGCCAAGGACCCCGAACUAGCCAAAGAGAGCUGGGACAGGUUCCUCCCCGACUUCGGCAAGAAGACGCUCAGCAAGCGCCGCGUGCCGCACAAGGUGGCGGACAAGAGCAAGAAGACGUACACGCCAUUCCCGCCAGCGCCGGAGAAGAGCAGGGUCGACAAGCAGAUCGAGACGGGCGAGUACUUCCUCGGCAAGGAGGCGCAGGCGCGCGCGGCACAGGCGGAGCGGGCCGAGCAGCAGAAGCAGAAGAAGGAAGAGAGGCAGCGGGAACGGGAGAAGGACUUUAUCGCGCCGGAAGAAGAGGCGGACAAGAAGAAGAAGAAAAAGGAGAAGGAGAAAAAGAGGAAGAGGUCGGACGAGGAGUAGGUGGGAUAGGCCAUGUUGCUGUUCAUCGGCGGGAGUGGGGAAGAAAGAUACCAAAGACACCGGCACAUCUCCAUCCUGCGUAUCGUCUACUACG